AUUGAGAGUAAGGAUAUGCGCAAAUCUAAAGUAGUUUUUGUUUGGAAAAAUGUGUGGCAAAUUGGAAAUAUUUUUCAGAUUUCAGUCGAAGAUUUGAUCGAGAAACAGGACAAACAGUCAAGUGAAGAGGGUGAGAAUAUUAGAUCGCUGCUGGAUGAGAAAAAAGUGACUCCGAAGCAAAUGGAAAUAUUCACGGAUCCGCUGCAGUCCUCUGAGCCGAAGAAAGUCACUGUUGAGUCAGUAAAUGACAACUCUGAUCCUUUGCAGUCAUACGAUGCCGCCUCAAAAAAAUCUCUGGUUGGCGAAACUUUAACGGUUGCCCAACUUCCAUUUUCGAAUAAAUUUAAAAAGUAUCUGGACGACACUAUCCUGUGCAUUUCGCCUUAUAUAUUGUUACCCGUGCCUUAUCUAGAAACGGACGUGGGCAGAAAAUGCGACCUCCGGCGAUUUUUCUAUAAGGACAUGUAUUACAGUGAACAGUUUGAAACCAGCACGAAGAGCAAAUGGAAGAAUAUCGAAACAGCAGAAAAUGUACUUGAGGACAAUAACAAGAAAAAUUUAACAACACUGCAUCCGUUUCAAGCGGCGAAAAUUCGAAAUGUCGACAGCAACAGCAUUCAAAACAUGUUGGCACAUUUUAGAGCUUGUGGAGGCCAAUACUCGAAGAAGGAAAUUUUCAACAUUAUCGGACCGAUCCCAGAUAAGCCUGUGAAGGUAAAUUCGGAAAAGAAGCGCAUGGAUGUGUUGGAUCCGUCGAACCACCAACGAUUGGCGGUUCUAUUUUACAGUUUCAGCCACGAGUCCAGUAAUGCGCCCGCAUUUUGUGUGAAUCCUUGGGUGGUUUACAUGGAUUUUUAUGGUCGAAACGACAUACCUAUAGGAUGCUUCCUUGAAAGGUAUUGCUUCAGAGCAUCUUAUACGUGCCCGUCCAAGUCGUGUAGCACAUCUAUGGUUCAGCAUAUUCGGAGAUUUGUCCAUAAUUCAGGUAGUGUAACUGUGUCGUUGAAUAAUUUCACCAACGAGUUUGCCGAAGAAAAUAUUGUAAUGUGGAGUUGGUGUACGAAGUGCCAGAGCGUGUCUCCAGUGGUUCCCCUGUCUGCAGACUCUUGGUCGUAUUCAUUUGCCAAAUAUUUGGAAUUAAGAUUUCAUGGGGAGAUUUUUAAUAGGCGAGGCCAAAGUCCAUGUCGGCACAGUUUGCAUCACGAUCACUAUCACUAUUUCGCUUACAAGAACUACGUGGCCUCUUUCAAGUAUUCGUCGAUCAACAUAUGGGAAAUUUCCCUUCCACCGCCUGUAAUAAAAAUAACUGAUAAUUCAGCCGAGCGCCACACUGCGCUCAUAGAGGAAAUAAAGACUUUAACCCAAAAAGGACACGAUUUGUUCCUGCUAAUCCAGAAAAAAGCGGCUGUUGUCCCUGGAGAAGAGCUGGAGGGCAUUGGGAAUGUAUGGCAGGUGCUCUCUAAAGAGCAGAGUCAGUUCAAACAGAAAGUAGAAGAAGUGCAACUGAAGUUGACCUCGCCAACCAAUGAAAAUAGGGCUUUUGAGCAGGAGGCAAUAUUUCAGUCAUACUGGAAGAUACAAGACAGCGUUACCAACAUUAAACUAGCAUUGGCCGAAAUAGUGGAGAACUGGAAUUGUCACUUGGGGGAGGCAAUAAGGAAAUCUGAUAAAAGGAAGGAGAAAAAUGCGGUGUCUGACUUAGAAAGCCCGGCUAAUGAGGCAUCCGAAAAAUCUAUCUUUGAUUCAUAUAAAGAACCCGCUCUCUCUGAAAAAGGUUUCUCCACUGUUUCCACAGAUUGUUUUUCAUUCUUAUGUUUAACCAUGUUGCUUUCAGGAGAAAGUUUUGAAGAAGCCAGUCGACACCAGUCGGAUACUUCAGGGACACACAUUGAAGAAUCCACUGACAGCAAAAAGGAAAUAAUCAGGAAAGAAAAAUCGGUCAAAAACAUACUGGAUAAGCUUCUGCCAUCAUCAGGACAAGUCAAUUUAAUUCCGAGCCCAUUUGCACCCGAUGAGCAUUACAAUCUGCCUUCAGGAGCUUAUGGCACGAUUCCAGUAAUCGAAAACGAACUCAGUUCCAUAAUAGCGCACGCCUUAAACUCGUUCGAGUACAGAAAGGCACUUGAAGAGCUGGACAUCAAGAAAAUCCAUAAUUGCGACCAAACACCCAGCCCUGUGAGCAAGCGAAAAAACAACACAGAUAAGGAAAAAGCUGAUGACGAGAAAGUUAGCGGAUUGUUGGGCUUUUUGCGUAACAAGGAUUCGAAGAUGGAUUUGGGUAGUCCUUUAGCUGCACCUGGCACCGAACUAUUAGACACAGAGCAGGCAACGGCCACUUCCGAAAAACCCUCUGAAGAUCUGAAAAAGAACAAGCACUGCCACAUUGAGGUCCAAUUUCAGGAUAGCACUUGCAACUUCUUUUGCCGCGUUUAUCUUGCUGAUAAGUUUGCGAAUCUGAGAUCGUCCGUGCUGCCAAUCGGCGAGGAAACCUACAUCAGAUCACUGAGCAGAUCGAUUCAUUGGAAAGCCGUGGGCGGAAAAUCUGGUUCAAGUUUUUCAAAAACGCAAGAUGAUAGAUUUAUUUUAAAAGACAUGCCAAGGGCGGAGGUUCAAAUCUUUCUGGAAUCGUCUGCUAAUUAUUUUACAUACAUGCAGAAAUGCUGCAGCACAAUGCAGCCAACGCUGCUGGGAAAAAUUGUGGGUAUUUAUCAAAUAUUCUACAAAAACGCGUCCAACGUUGAACAUAGAUGCUACCUUUUGGUGAUGGAAAACCUGUUCUACAACCGGAAUGUUUCUCAGAAAUUCGACUUAAAGGGCUCGAUGAGGAACAGAUUGGUGGUACCUGACAAUGAAGAGGGCGAAGUUGUUUGGCUUGACGAAAACCUAUUAAAAAUGACUUGCGAUAAUCCCUUGUACGUGUUGCCGCAUGCCAAAGAAGUUUUACUUGCUGCUAUCCAAAAUGACACGGAAUUUCUGUCUACCCAAUCUGUUAUGGAUUAUUCGCUCCUCGUAGGGUUGGAUAUGAAGAAUAAAGAACUGGUUCUUGGAAUUAUAGACUACAUCAGAACGUUUACCUGGGACAAAAAGCUAGAAACCAUAGUUAAAAGAACGGGAAUUCUCGGCGGACAAGGCAAACUUCCCACUAUAAUAUCACCGGAAGAGUAUCAGAAACGGUUUAUCGAGGCGAUGCACAGAUAUUUCUUGGAAGUUCCCGAUCACUAUGCCGGAAUGGGCAAAGGACUGGAUCUUUAAUUCGAAGCAAUAUGUAAGUAUUUUUAUUUUCCUUUCGGUUGUUGCUCGUCAAUAUUUUUAGUAAAAGUAUUAUGUAAAUUAGAAUACAGUAUUAGGCGAAUUUAAUGAAAUGUGGGGCUAAACAGAAACGAAGCGACCACUAUCUCGGAUCCUUAGAAUAUUAAAAAAAGCUCGGCUCGUUAAUUUACAUUUCCAUAAGGAAACAUAAUAGUGGAACGACUUUCUCCUUGUUGCAAAGGUAUUUCCAUUUUAUUGCGACUGUAUCUUUUUUUAAUGAUGUUACUUUAGCGGGUCGCACACAAUUUUAAUCGUAAAAUUGUGGCAACUUUUUAAAUAGUUUUCACCACAAUAAUUUAUAGCUUUGCUCAAAUGGAUGAUGCAUGUUUCGUAGAAUUUCAGGCUGAAAUCGUUAUCUCUUGACACUCAAACGUACUAUUUUUGCGUAACUUUCUCUCUAAAAGCACAGCAUGCUAAAAAAUCACCCAGUCUUCAAUGGUUGGUUGUUAUUGCCGAACCGAUAGCUUCUUCUAAUAGUCUAAGGAGCCCCAGUAAAGAUUGCUUGGUAUGAAACAUGCUCUAAUAAUAUGAUUGCCAGCAAUUCUUAACAAACUAUGCAUUUAAUUCACUUGUAAAAUAGUAAAUACUGUGAUAAACUGUUUGUACAAUAAACCAAAACACGAGACAAAGUGUAAUUAUAAUUAUGCGCUGGCACAAAUAAUUCGAUCUGGGACUUAUGUUUUUAAAGGAUGGGAACAUACGUGAACAAUUCCACUUAUAUAAAAUAUACUUUAUUACUGAACAAUCUUACAUGAUAAUAGUAAUAUUGGGCAAUUAACUUGCAUUGAGUAAAAUUGGGCAACAUGCUAAAAGGGAGGAAUGUGGCACUUUAGAACGGGAAAAAUAUCUUGGCGCUUGGGUAACCACGUUUCACUAUCACUAUUUCAUGAGAGAUGACUAAGUACCUUUAAUAGAUUUUAAGUACUAAUUCGAGAAGUACACUUAUGUAUAUGUGUACAGUGUGGUUCAAAUUGGUCUCAGAUGAAUGGGUCGUUUUAAUACUGUGAGAAUAAGAUAAAGGGAUGACAAAAUAUGCUAUUCAAGUUAUGCGACACGGAAGAUUUUUUUAAACACAAUUGGGACAACCUGCAUGUGUUGGUUUCUUUUUAUAACAUAAUAAGGAAUGUGGGUUAUAGAUUUUAAUGUAUACAGGGUGAUCCAGGUGUCUUCCAAACUGUACAAUAUUGUCAUUAUGAUUUGAUUGUUUUUAAAUUGCAAUUAAUCUCUGAAACAAAUAAAAAUCGGAUCUGGACAGAUGUGCAUAUACCGUUUAUUCUACACAUAUCCUGAAUCAUCAUGUAUAGUCUUAUAUUAUAGCUACUCACCGUGCGUGGGCAUUUUAAUAAAAAGUCUAUAAUACUAUUCAAGAAAUAAACU